AGUCUAAUGAAAAUUCAUAUUUGAUUUCAAACAAUGCUGGCAUCUACAAACGCUGUCUUUUCAUUGGAAAGUUUAUUUUAUGAAACACCAGAUACAAAGCAAAAGUAUCUAGAAAAUACAGGACCAAAAAAUUGGUUUCUUGCUCCUGUUCCAUCUAUUGCUGAAAUUCCAAGCGCUCAGGAGCUAGAGAAGGAAUUGGAAAAAAAUAACCAUCUAGCACAAAUUCCUUUUGACUUGACCUCUAACAAGCAAGAAGUACUUGAGUUAAGUUUAGGAAAAGGAGAUAAAAGUCAUUUGCAACAUGAAAGUCUGGAAGUUGUUUCAUCAUUUCCAUAUUCUGACCAUGAAAAAUAUAAAAAUGAAAUCAGGCCUUGUCAACAACCUGAUAGAAAUAUUUCAGAAACGAGAAAAUUAAUUAAUUUUCCAGAAGAUGAUGAAAGUACCAACUCAACUUUCAGAAAAAGGUAUGUGUUUUAAGUCAAUCAUCAUAAUUCAUCAGCUAUCAAAAUCAUAUUAUUAUUUUAGAUGCAUUUGUCAAAUACAGAGUUUUUGAUCCUUGAAGUGAAAGUACUUAAUAGAGCUCCAGGCAGUAAUGUCGGGAUUCCUUUGAAUGUAAGAAAAAACACAUAUUCCCUCUUGGCAGUAUUUUAGUACAGUAAUUAAAUUUGCCCUGAGCUCAACUGCUUCUACAAAAAAGUUAGGCAUGGGGUUUAUUUUAUUAUUUUAGAGAAAGUACUGAGUUGCACAAGCAUUCUUAGAUGCUAAAAUGCAUCCAUUUGAAAGAGAGCUAGAAGACUCAGAAUGCCAUUUACAUGUUCAGAGAUCAAGUGAGCCAAGACUGUCCAGAGAAACCCUCUACACAAUUUCAAUGCUGCCUAAAAAGAGAGGUCGUAAAUAGAAGCACCUCUUUGAUGUCAAAGCUAUUACUAAUUGUCACAGCCUUUUAAACUUCAUUUUUUCAGUUGUGCAGUGUAGCAGUUAGUCUAGUGUUAGGAUCUAAUAUCUCUCCUGCAUGGAAGCAAAGAUGAGUUUAAUAGUUUGCCUAUGUGAAGUGAGUUAAAAAAUAAAAAGAACUUUUCUAGGUGGAACUUCAGUUGGAUCAAGUAAAGUAAGAUGUGCGCUUGCCUAGAAAAGACAAUUUUAAUUUUUGUACUUAGAUUUCCACAAACAAAAUAUAUGUAUCAAAAUGUAUAUUCUUUGAAAAUAUCGGGAAAUAUAUGAUAUAUAGAAUAACAAGUAUUUUUGUGUAAAUACAUCUUUUUCAGCUUAUUUAAAACAACUGAUUUUACAUAUGCAAAUAUAGAACAUAAAGAUAAUUUCCUUCAUGGCAGUGGAACUGACAUUUCUUGUAAGAUAAUUAAAAAUGUAAAAGAGACUAAAAAAGAAGUGUUAUAGAAAGAUAAUAGUAUGCAGGUACUUCAGUAUUCAGAUUUCAAUCUGCAUAGUGUAAAUGAUGUAUUUUCUGCUUGUGAAAAUGGAAAAGGAGUCAAAGUACAAUCAUUUCUUCAUGUUUCAGAGACUUCAAUGUGGAAGGAGCUGUAGCAAAAAAAAUGGAGGUCCUGAGAGCUGUUACAGAAAUCCCUUCUCCAUUUAGAAAUAUUUUCAAGGAUUUUCCAUAUUUUAACUACAUACAAUCCAAGGCUUUGGAUGAUCUUCUUUACACAGAUAGGAAUUUUGUGAUUUGUGCUCCAACUGGCUCUGGAAAAACUGUAAUGUUUGAACUAGCUAUUACCAGGCUACUAAUGGAAGUGCCAAUGCCUUGGUUAAAUAUUAAAAUUGUAUAUAUGGCACCCAUAAAAGCUCUGUGUAGUCAACGAUUUGAUGAUUGGAAAGAAAAAUUUGGACCUAUUGGGCUUAGCUGUAAGGAACUGACAGGAGAUACAGUGGUGGAUGAUUUAUUUGAAAUACAACAUGCUCAUAUUAUUAUGACCACACCAGAAAAAUGGGAUAGUAUGACUAGAAAAUGGAGAGACAACUCUUUAGUCCAGCUGGUACGAUUGUUCCUCAUCGAUGAGGUACAUGUUGUGAAAGAUGAAAGCCGGGGUGCAACACUCGAGGUGGUAGUCAGUCGGAUGAAAACUGUACAAUCUUCUGUUUCACGUAACUCAGAGAAUCCCAACACAUUUCCUUCCAUGAGAUUUGUGGCUGUUUCUGCAACAAUCCCGAAUGCUGAAGAUAUUGCAGAAUGGCUGACAGAUAGUAAGAAGCCUGCUGUAUGUUUGAAAAUAGAUGAGAAUCACCGACCAGUGAAGCUUUGCAAAGUUGUUCUUGGAUUUCCCUGCAGUGGCAACCAAACAGAAUUUAAAUUUGACUUAACUCUUAACUACAAAAUAGCAAGCGUUAUACAAACAUACUCUGAACAAAAACCAGCACUUGUGUUUUGUGCCACAAGGAAAGGAGUACAGCAAGCUGCUUCUGUUUUUGCAAAAGAUGCUAAAUUCAUAAUGACUACAGAACAGAGACAAAGAUUACAGAGGUCUGCAAAUUCAAUAAAAGAUUCCAAACUAAGAGAUCUCCUAAUAUAUGGUGUGGCUUAUCAUCAUGCUGGUAUGGAGCUAUCUGAUAGAAAAAUAAUUGAAGGAGCAUUUACUGUGGGAGACUUGCCUGUACUUUUUACUACUAGUACCUUAGCUAUGGGAGUAAAUUUACCUGCACAUCUGGUUGUUAUAAAGUCCACAAUGCAUUAUGUUGGAGGAAUGUUUCAAGAAUAUAGUGAAACUGAUAUUCUGCAAAUGAUUGGGAGAGCAGGAAGACCACAAUUUGACACAACCGCUACAGCUGUUAUUAUGACUCGCUUAAGUACAAGAGAGAAGUAUGUACAGAUGUUAAAUGGUGCAGAUACAAUAGAGAGCAGUUUACAUAAACAUCUUGUUGAGCAUUUAAAUGCGGAAAUAGUGCUACAUACCAUAACAAAUGUGAAUAUAGCUUUGGAAUGGAUAAGAUCAACUUUCCUAUACAUCAGAGCUUUGAAAAAUGCAGUUCAUUACGGUUUUUCACCUGGAUUAGACAGAGUUGGAAUUGAAGCAAAGUUACAAGAAUUGAGUUUGAAAAAUGUGAAUGAUCUAGCUUCUCAUGACUUGAUCAAGAUGGAUGAAAAACUGAAUUUCAGACCAACAGAAAAUGGAAAACUAAUGGCUUGGUACUAUAUUGCAUUUGAUACAGUGAAACAGUUUUCUACAAUUAAAGGAACAGAGACUUUAUCCGAACUGGUCACAAAGAUAUCAAGCUGCACUGAAUUUUCAGAUAUCAAGUUAAGAACAAGUGAAAAGAAAAUACUGAAUGCUUUGAAUAAGGACAAGAACAGGAUAACUAUCAGGUUUCCAAUGGAAGGGAAGAUAAAAACAACAGAAAUGAAAGUAAACUGUCUUAUUCAGGCUCAGCUAGGAUGCAUUCCUAUUCAAGACUUUACUUUGACGCAAGAUAUAGGCAGAAUUUUCAGAACUGGCAUAAGAGUUACUAAAUGGUUGUCUGACUUUCUGGCAUCACAGAGAAACAGCUUUUCUGCACUAUUAAACUCCUUAAUUUUAGCUAAGUGUUUCAGAUGCAAACUAUGGGAAAACUCACUGCAUGUUUCCAAACAGCUGGAAAAAAUUGGUGUGAUGCUGUCAAAUGCGAUGGUAAAUUCAGGUCUGACAUCAUUUAAAAAAAUUGAAGAUACAAAUGCAAGAGAACUUGAAUUGAUCUUAAACAGACACCCUCCUUUUGGAAACCAAAUAAAAGAGUCUGUGAUACACCUUCCAAAAUAUGCACUUGAUAUUGAGCAGGUUUCAAAAUACAGUGAUACAGUGGCUGAAAUCUUAGUGACUGUCAUAUUAACAAACUUCAAACAACUGCAGACAAGGAGAACAGCACCAGAUUUCCAUUAUGUAACCUUGAUAAUAGGAAGUGCUGAUAAUGAAGUCAUUUUUAAACAAAAAAUUAUGGAUUUGGCUUUGCUGAAAACUGGAAAUUGGACUAAAAAAAUUGAAGUGAAAAGAGCUCUCAAAUCAGAGGAACUUAGCAUAAAUGUAAUCAGUUCUGACUAUGUUGGGCUUGAUAUUCAGCAAAACUAUACAGCCUUUUACUUAGGAGCAAAAAGGUUUGGAAAUCAAGUAGUUGUACACAGAAAAUCAGAUGCUGAGUCUUCACUUGAUGUAUAUCACACAUCUUCAAUAAAAGCAUCUUCAGUGAGAAUAGAUACAGGAAGCACCUGUAACCAAGAGGUCUCCUACACAAGAUCUGGAAACAGAGAAUGCAACCAUCACUGUAAGAAUAAAGAUACCUGUGGACAUGACUGUUGUAAAAUCGGAGUUUCUCAGAAGUCUGAGUUGAAGAGAGAUUCAAAAUUUUCUUCAUACCUAUCUGACUUAAGGAACAGAAGCUCAAUUUCAUCUGUACCCCCAGUGAAACGAUUAAAGAUGCAGCUACUGAAUCAAACUCAGAAUGUGGAUCUUAAACAAUUUGUUUAUACACCCAAAUCUUUGCUGCCAGCAUUGCCAAGAUCUGAAUAUGCAGAGUCUCCUGCAUCGUCAGUAGAUCAGUGUGAAAAUGUUGAUAACCUUGGAAGAUUUGAGAAACAACUACCACAGGAGAGCUAUGAAAAGAUUAAUUUAUCUUGGAAACAUUCUUCAAAUGUGGGUGAGAAGACCCAUCAGGCAAUGAUGUCAAAUAAAAAUCUUGAAUCUUCAAUGCCUAACUUGACUGAUGCAGAUAAAAGCAGCUCUUGGUUUUCAAAGGCUCUGAAUGUGAACUUUGAGUUGGGAGAUGAGGUUUGGGAUGAUUUUGAUGAUGAGAAAUUAAUAUAUGCUUGCAGCUUUUCCAGUGAUCUGGCAAAUAAAGAUUUAGGAUCUGGAAGCUCCUGCCUUCAAAAUACAAUACAACAUAAACCACUAUUCCAGAACACACAAUACGAAGUCAUAAGUGACACUUCAGGAAAUGUUGACAAAUUGCAAGAUAAGAUGGGUGUUCAUCCACAGAAUUCUCUCUCUCCCACAUUAAAUGCACCAUCAAAAAUGAAAUUGCCAACACAGAAUGGAAAUACAAAUAAUUUCAGCUUUCAAGCAAAAAAACAUCCCAAUCCUUCUGAGGUGAAAAAAACAUUUUGUUCUUCAAACUCAGGAACAGUCUCAGAGUCUUCUAAAAGUAGUGAAAAAGGGGAUUUUUUUAUCUGUAAUAAAGAAAGAAAAAGUGAAAUUGAUCUCAGAUAUCUUCCAGAUGAUGAAGCCAAUGAUGUUAAGCCUUUUCUUGGAAUAUUUGAUGGUAUUUUCUAAAACAUAUAAAAACAAGAUAUAUCGUAAAUUCUGAAACAUAAAACUCUCCUUUCCAGAAUGAAACUCUUCAAAUACAGUUACAAAAUGUAUUUAAUAACUGUUCAUUAAUAGCCAACUUUGCUGCACAGGCUAGAUAACAAAAACAUUGCUAGCUAAUUUACACAAUUCCAUGUAUGUUUCUGUCUUUUUGAAAGUUAUUUAAGCCUCUUUGUUAAUAUAACUUGCUGUUUUCAGGAUUAUAAAUAAAAGUAUUUGAAAGUA